AUGGCCCAAACCGCGCGCUGCGCGGCCAAAUUCUUGUCUUCGGCCACUGCUUUCGGCGCCGGUAUGGCCGCCAAGCAGGGCUGGGAUUUGCGGGGCGAGUGGCGGUCACUGAGGGAGCGGGCGUCGCCUUGCCUGGGCCCCGACGUAGGCCAAGAGCUCGGCGGGAACGGAAGUCGCAAGCUCAGCUCGACGCGCGGCGCAGGCGGGACCAGCCCGACAGGGGCUUCUUCGCGGCCUCUGCUUGUGCUUUUCUUGGGCGACUCCCUGGUGAGUGGUGUCGGUGGCCAGGCCUCGGCCACGGAGACCCCCGCGCCGGCCGCGCUGCCGAGGCACGUCGCCGCCCACUUGGCCGAGCACAUGGGCGAGGUGCGCUGGGCCUCCGUCGGCAUCACCGGGGCGGAUGUCGAGCACUUGGCCCGGGAGGGCUUGCCAAGGCUCCGGCUGCGUGCCGCGGAGGUGGUCUCCUCCCUCGUGCACUCCUCGUGCUCGACGCCCCGACUGGUGGUGGUUCUUGUGGUGGGCGCCAACGAUCUGCGGGGGCUGCGGCUCAGCUACCGACUGAGGCUCCGGCAGCUAGUCCACGCCAUGUCUGCCCUCCACGUCGACGUGGAGGGCAUCUUCCUCCCCGCGGUGGCCUUGGCCGACGCACCCAUGCUGCAGCGCUACCCGCUGCGACUGUUCCUGGCGCCGCUGUGCUUCUUGUGGGAGCGCGAGAAGCAGAAGGCCAUCUCCUGGUGCCAUGGAGCGGAAGUUCUGCCCUUCCCCACACCCCCGGAGGGCACCGAGGCCGAUGCGUUCUUCUCGGCCGAUCGGAUGCACCCAAGCCCUGUGGGCUAUGAGUGGUGGGCCAAGGCUCUGGCGGAGCAGAUCCGCAGCCGCCUCGAGACGCGAGCCGGGCAAGCGGGCGGCUGCCGUCUGGAUCAUCCUACCGGGGUUUAG